AAUACUUAGCUACAGGGUAUCGUGCCACGCGCUUACAAAGUAAGCCUAGCUGAAUAUUCAGCAAUGUGAUCCCUUUUAGCCAAAGGUCAACGGCGUGAUUGGCCAAAUUUGAAUAUCCCGCCAUGAGUACGCCGUACUUCGCACAGAACCUCUUGGAACAGCGAUACCUCCGGAGUGGCAUAUACGAUCGUGGGUGCCAGAAAAAAAAAAAAACUAAAUCACCAUGACCAUACCGGAAGCUUUUAAGGAUCAGGAAAUAUUUGUUACAGGCGCUUCAGGCUUCGUGGGCAAGGCCCUGAUCGAGAAGCUAUUGCGCUCCUGCCCAAAUCUAGGUCGGAUUUACGUGCUGAUGCGGCCCAAGAAGGGCCACACCAUUGAGGAGCGUCUGCAACAGCAGUGGGAGACGAGGCUAUAUGAACGCCUGCGAAGAGAACAGCCCAAUGCCCGAUCCAAGUUGGUAGCCAUAGCUGGGGAUGUGGAGCAGCUGGGUUUGGGUAUUAGUAAAGACGAUCUUCUACGGCUACGUAAUGUCAACAUUGUCUAUCACUCGGCAGCCAGUGUGCGUUUUGAUGAUGCCCUGAGAACGGCCAUACUCUUGAAUACACGCGGAACCCACGAACUGGUCAAGCUGGCCUUGGAAUGGCGCCAGCUCAAGGCCUUUGUUCAUGUAUCCACCACGUACUCGAAUCCAGGAGUUCUGGAAGUAGAGGAGCGAGUCUAUCCUCCGCUAGCAGAUUGGCGAACCACCAUAAAAUUGGCCGAGACCUAUGACGAGGAGAUCUUAAACAUCUUCAAUCUCAAAUACGGUAACUUCCAGCCGAAUACGUAUACAUUUACCAAAAGCUUAGCCGAGCAGGUGGUUAAUGAUUAUAGGGAUAAGCUACCCAUACUUAUCUUCAGGCCAUCUAUUGUGGUCUCUACUAUUGAGGAACCUAUGCCCGGCUGGGCGGAUAACUUUAAUGGCCCCACUGGUCUUUUGGUGGCCUGCGGCGUGGGAAUUCUUCGCUCCCAAAAUUGUGAUCCGAAUAUUGUUGCCGAUUUUGUUCCUGCUGAUAUUGUGGCUCGUACCCUAAUCACCUCGGUCUACAAGUUCAUGGGGGAAUCCCAAACGAGGGCUAAGGAUAGUGAAUUGUAUGUGGUUAACUGUGCCACGGCAAAUAUAUCACCGAUUACCAUGGGCGAGGUGAUCGAAAUUGGAAAGACAUUUAUAAGAAAGAAUCCUUUUGAGAAGACACUUUGGCUACCCGGCGGAGGAAUGACCACCUGUCCGGUUCUUCACUUCGUACGGUUCUGCACUAUGCAUCUUUUGAUGGCAGUCGUAGUGGACAUUUUGCUCCGUCUCUACAAUGAAAAGCCUUUCCUUAUGAAGCUGCAACGCCGGAUUUUCGCCGCCUUCAGUGCCUUGCAAGUGUUUGCCAUGACUGAGUGGCAUUUUCAGAAUAACAAUUUCCGGGCAUUGCACGAUAUAGUUCCGGCCGAUGAAGUUUCGACCUUUGGCUUUAUGCAGCAUGCAAAUAUCAACUAUACGGAGUUUUUCCAGCAUGGAAUUCGCGGAGCCAAGGAGUUCCUUUUAAAGGAAAGUCCGGAGAGUAGCAGGGCUGCCCGUUUCCGGGUUAAAAUUUUCUAUGUUCUGGACUUUUUGUGCCGGGGCAUCGUCUACAGCUUCCUGCUGCGUCUGAUAUUCAGGUUUUUAGUUAGUCUUUGGUAGCAAAGUACCAUUGUAUAGUUCCAUUGUAAUUGCAAGAUUUUGCUCGAGUUGAAGAAAAUAUAUAUAUCGCAUUGGCA